CGUUUCCUCAGAGUCAUAGUACCUUAAAUAAUUAUCACAUCAUGUCAAGGGCACACGCGAGGGAAGGGUCAAGGUAAGAGACGUACCAUCUAAUCAGACCCGACGAGGAGCCAGUAUCAUGAAUCGCCUCGCAGAUUUCGUGAAAGAUGAUACUGCCGCACGCUAGUGGGAUUUCGGUGAGUGCGACCUUGACUUGACGUUUGAUUUGACUUGGGGAUAAAUUUGUGUAGAAUCACAUUGUCUGCCUGGCGUGGGCUUGGACGACGGAUAAAGCGUCUACAUCGCUAAGAAGUCUCGGUGAAGCUGGAUGAAGGCCAUAAGCAAUCUAACGUGUUUCUUCCUGCGUGUGGCGCGUGUUUCAAGCGCCCAUAUUGUCAGGAUGCAUGGAGAACAAUACAUGUUUUUUUUGGAAAAGAUUAAUAAUGGAGAUGGGUGUCAGCGAUCAUCUCAAGUUAGUAUUUCAUUGUGCAAUGAGGGGAUAAUGAGCACUUGCGGUUAUGGACCGCUGCAUCAUCCUGCAAGUCCUCUGCACGACUCCGACAUAUGUGCGGUUCACGGCCCGGGUGAUGGUCUUCCCUUUGUUUCUUGGUUCCCAUUAUCCCAUUAUUGCUACGGGAGACUGCCUUUGUCACAAGUCCUCCCUUUGUUUCUCUAGUGCCUCCAGAAAUGUAUAUAUAAGUACCGAGUGGGUCAGCCAUGACCCAAUUAUGAGCAUCAUCUAUGGUUCAUCACCGGUGUGACCUUGUGGCUGAAUUCAUUGGUAUGAUAUCCAUCCUUCUGACCGCUGAACAUGUUAUAUAGCACGAGUUAGACUGGAACGCAAGUUGCAAUUGGUCCUCCAGGGUACAGCGACAGAUGGACAGGCAGG